AUGCAAAUUAACCUCAAUCACGGCGAGGCAGCUCAUGACCUUCUUCGGCAAACGGUCGGUGAGAAAGAGAUGGACCUAGUACUACUGAGUGAACUAUAUCGCAAGGCAAGUCAGGGCACCUGGGUAACCGAUGCGUCCAAAAAAGCAGCAAUUUGGGCGCCUGGUCCUAUAGCACUCUUGGAUGGGGACUGCCAGCACAGCGGAUUCGUCAGGGCGACAGCUAAAUAUAUAUGCUGCUAUAGUUGCUACGCUCCUCCAAGCUGGACACAAAGCGAAUUUCAAAACAUGCUAGAUGAACUUGUCGCAGAUGCCCGGGAGAACCCUUCCGUAUUAAUUGCGGGGGAUUUCAAUGCUUGGGCCUUCGAGUGUGGCAGUAAGGCCUGCAAUGCGAGAGGACGCAGCUUGCUGGAGGCUUUCGCCAUGCUGAAAGUAUCUCUUCUGAACGAUGGGCAGCGAGAUACGUUUCGUAAGGCAGGAAGGGGCUCGAAAGUAGACCUCACCUUUGUUAGCGACGGUCUAGUGACCAGAUGCAAGUGGUCAAUGAGCGAGGAGUACACAAAUAUCGAUCACCAGGCCAUCUUCCUCGACAUAGCAUCUAGAGAGGACAGAGGUAAUAGGUGGAACAAAACUACCGGGCCGAGUUGGAGAAAUGCAAUUUUUGAUGAGGAUGUCUUUAACACCAUUAUGGACUCCUAUGUGGUUGGAAACGGUACAGCUGGUGAACUCCGGCAAAACAUAGCAAAGUUGCUGGUACAAGCAUGCGACGCCGCAAUGCCCCGAAGACGAAAUACACGGAGAAGGGGGUCUCCGUGCCAUUGGUGGACCGAAGAGAUAGCGUCCCUAAGAGCAAACUGCUUGAAAGCCAGAAGAAAAGUGCAACGCUCGAGAGGUAGGGAAAACUUCAAUGAAUUGCUCCUACCCUACAGACACCUGCGCAGUGACUUAAAGAAAGCCAUAAAGGCCAGCAAAAGGAGAAGUUUUGAGGAAAUAUGCCAGGAUGCCGAUGUUAACUUGUGGGGAACGGCAUAUAAAGUGGCCUUGAAGAAGAUCAAAGGACAGUAG